UUGGUUGGGUCUUUGGUUUCCCUGGUGGUUUCAUCCUGGAACACCCGGCGGCGGCGGCUGCGCCAUGCCGCUGUUCUCCGCGCUGCGGGGUCAUCUGCUUAGCGCCUUCCAAGAGGUUGGUGCGCAGGAUCCGAACGCGCCGCCGCCGCCGAAGUUUCGGAAGACCUUCACGUUGGACGCGGAGCCCUUUGAGGUCACCAAUUGGGCCUCCAACCAUCGACUGGAGCUACCCUAUGACGACACGGAGCACCCGGUGGUUCGCUGGCAGCUGCGAUGCUGGGGGCCCGCCUGCACCAACGGCGCGCUGUGGUACUCCCCGGACUACACGCGGAAUGUGAUGGGAGGCUUAGCGCACCCAAAGCUGGUGCUGCACCGCGCACACCCGGACCCCGACGACCCCGACAAGCCGCUGCCGCUGCUCACGCUGCUGGACAAAGCGAAGCUGCAGGAUGUCAACUGCUCCACGGACCACCACCUCACGCCCUUCUGCAAUUACUGCCUCAAGGUGGAGCCCGUUCAAAUGUGCGGGAACGGCAAUUGCCAGCCCAGCGUGAACCAUUUCAGCAUUCGCACCACCUGUCCUCGGCCAAAGUUCCUCACAGAGAGCGACGGCCGCGUCUUUUUCGGGCCGCAGUCGGACUCGGAUGAGCAGUACUGGCGCCUGAGUGAUCCAUUGGGCCGCAACCCCCCGCCGCAGCAGAAUUUCGACUUCAUGUAGCCAGGAG